AUGGAGCCAGAAGUCAGUGAUGUCGACCUCACUCCUGCCAGCAAGGGCAGUAGGACUUUGGCGGCCUUCGUUGCACAGGAAUGGCAUGGUCAUUCCGGGGACAGCAGCAAUGAAAGCGAAAGUGAUUCAAGUCAGGCAAAUGAAGAUAGAAAGACGUCCUCUUGCAACGACCAGAGUAGUGAUGAGACCUCUCAAGAUAGCCAGACCCGGCAAUAUCAUAUCAUGGAGCUCGAAACGAACGGCGAUGGCAGGACCCAGAUUAGACGGCGAAGUACGGCAACCACGACCUCGGUGACUACAGCGACAGCGACUGCCACAGCAACAACCGCCAGUGGCAGCCCAAACGGCUUAGUGACAAACAUGGCGACGCCUGAGCACCAAAGAACUGGCGCAGGUCUGGGAAGCAAAGAUUCGGGUCGGCCUGAGAGCCUGGUUCUCUCAGAAGGUCGAAUAGGCACAGCACGACGUCUUGAAGCCGCAUUCUGGCGACAAGUUUUGGCGGCAUUUUCCCACAGAGUGCUCACCACAAUGAUCAUACAAUGUAAGUCGUCUAAGUCGGAAUUGAGUACGCAAUAG